AUGCAACCGUUCAACAAGUACUAUCCACCAGACUGGGUCCCAGAAAAGGGUUCAGUAAAUAAAUUUGUAGGAAAACACCCGCUUGGAGAUAGAGCUCGUAAGAUUAGUCAAGGAAUUUUAAUCGUCAGAUUCGAACUACCUUUCAACAUUUGGUGUGAAGGAUGUGAUAAGCAUGUCGGAAAAGGUGAGAAGCUUCUAUCUAUUUAUUAUUCCAAUUCUAAUAUUCUUAAAAAAAACGUUUUGAGAGUAACAACUUCUUAUCUUUCUUUAUCAGGGGUUCGAUAUAAUGCCGAAAAGAAGAAAAUUGGAAAUUAUUAUAGUACACCAAUAUAUAGCUUUCGAAUGAAAUGUCAUCUGUGUGAUAAUUGGAUUGAAAUUCAUACUGAUCCAAAGAACGCAGAAUAUGUGGUUGUUAGCGGUGCUCGUCAAAAAAUUGAAACAUGGGAACCAGAAGAUUCUGAAACUAUUCAACUAAAAGAUGAGGAGGAAGCUAAAAAAUUGGCCGACAACGCAUUAUAUAAACUUGAACAUUCUGUCAAUGAUGAAAGAAAAUUUCAAGAAUCUAUUCCGAUAUUAACGCAACUUCAGAGAUUGAAUGAAAGACAAUGGGCCGACCCGUACACGCAUUCUCAAAAAAUGCGAAAAAAAUUUAGGGAGGAAAAAAAAGAGCUGGAAGCUAAAAAACGGUUAGAUGAUGAAAUACGCAAUCGGAAUUCACUAUCAAUUCCAUUGUUGCCCGAAUCUUCUGAAGACAUUAUGGAAGCAAAAUCAACAGAAUUUACAGAUCAUCUUCUUGAACAAGCUCAAAAACGCAAGCUUGAAGUAAACACCUCCUCAAUAUUUAAUAAGCCAUUACCAAAAACCAAAAAAUCCAGAUUUCAUGCUAAUAGAUCCAAAAACAAAGUAGCACAACUAUCAAAUAUCGUUUCCGUGAAUACUAAACUUAAAACAGAUCCGUUUCUCAAAGAUAACGACUGGAAUGGUGGUGGUGGUACCGCAAUUGGUAAAAGUGGUGAAAUCAAUAGUGAUUUAAUUCUCAUAAAGAAAAAAAAUGUAGGUAAACAUAACGGAAAUCAAGAGAUAGAUCAAGAAACUGUAAAAAGUCAAGGUGUUAGUGUACACACCAUAUCUUUAGUAAGCGCUGAUUAUGACGAUGAGGAUUAA